UCAAUCUCGACCUGCAGCAGCACCCAUUAACGUUACCAUUGCCACCAAAUCUUCCAAACCCUUUAUUUGAAGAGAGAGAAUAAGAGAAGGUUUGGGUUUCAGAGAAGAUAGAGAGAAAGUGAAAAAAAAAUGGCACACGUGAGCAAAAUCUGUAGCAAUGGAGCUCAAACUACUCUUACUUUGCCAAAUAUUUCCAAGUCUCACAUGCCCAGAUCCCUGAAUUCAGUUUCAUUGAGAUCACCGUUUUUGGGUUCAUCGAACUCUUUGAGUUUGAAGGUGGGAAAUGGUUUUGCGGGUUGUUGUACGGUUGGUAAAGCCAUGGCUGGUCCAGUCAUGGCUUCCGCUGUCACGGCGGAGAAGUCUUCAAAGGUACCGGAGAUUGUGUUGCAGCCCAUUAAAGAUAUCUCUGGCACCGUCAAGUUGCCGGGUUCCAAGUCAUUAUCGAAUCGGAUUCUGCUCCUGGCUGCUCUCUCUGAGGGAACAACUGUUGUGGACAACUUGUUAGAUAGUGAGGAUAUUCACUACAUGCUUGGUGCCUUGAAAACCCUUGGACUUCAUGUUGAAGUAGACAAGGAAAGCAAGCGAGCAAUUGUGGAAGGUUGUGGUGGUCAGUUUCCUGUAAGUAAAGAAUCCAAUGACGAAAUUCAACUUUUCCUUGGAAAUGCUGGAACAGCAAUGCGUCCGCUGACAGCUGCAGUGACUGUUGCUGGUGGAAAUGCUAGCUAUGUACUUGAUGGUGUUCCUCGGAUGAGAGAGAGACCAAUUGGAGAUUUGGUGACUGGUCUAAAGCAGCUUGGUGCAGAUGCUGAUUGUUAUCUUGGUACAGACUGUCCCCCUGUUCGUGUGCUUGGAAAAGGAGGCCUUCCUGGGGGAAAGGUGAAACUUUCUGGAUCAAUUAGCAGCCAAUAUUUGACUGCUUUGCUUAUGGCAGCUCCCUUGGCUCUUGGAGAUGUUGAAAUUGAGAUAAUUGAUAAAUUGAUCUCCGUUCCUUAUGUUGAUAUGACUUUGAAGUUGAUGGCACGGUUUGGGGUUACUGUUGAACACAGUGAUAGCUGGGAUCGGUUUUUAGUUAAAGGAGGUCAAAAGUACAAAUCUCCUGGAAAAGCUUAUGUUGAAGGUGAUGCUUCAAGUGCUAGUUACUUCCUAGCUGGUGCUGCAGUCACUGGUGGUACUGUCACCGUUGAAGGUUGUGGAACAAGUAGUUUACAGGGAGACGUUAAAUUUGCUGAAGUUCUUGAGAAAAUGGGUGCUAAAGUUAGCUGGACAGAGAACAGUGUCACUGUCACUGGACCACCAAGAGAUUCUUUCAAAAGAAAACACUUGAAAGCCAUUGAUGUCAACAUGAACAAAAUGCCUGAUGUUGCCAUGACUCUUGCUGUAGUUGCUCUUUUUGCUGAUGGCCCCACUGCUAUAAGAGAUGUGGCAAGUUGGAGAGUCAAGGAGACAGAGAGAAUGAUUGCCAUUUGCACUGAACUCAGAAAGCUUGGAGCAACAGUUGAGGAAGGACCCGAUUACUGCGUGAUCACUCCACCGGAGAAAUUAAAUAUUACGGCAAUAGACACAUACGAUGACCACAGGAUGGCUAUGGCAUUCUCUCUUGCAGCCUGUGCAGAUGUCCCAGUUACCAUUAACGAUCCUGGUUGCACCCGAAAAACUUUCCCAGAUUACUUUGAAGUUCUUGAGAGAUUUACAAAGCACUGAAUAAAUAUAUACUAACUGGAUUUUCAUCGGAGAGAGAACAUUAGCAUUGGCCGCUGUCAUUACAACUAAAGCAGUUGGAAGGCAGGCAAUCCUUUUCAAUUUUCAUAAUGUGUUUUUGAUUUUGGUCGACUGUAUUGCAAGUUGAGUUUGUCAUUAUUUUUUAAGUCUGUAAUCGUUGUUAUUUGUUGUAACUUCUGCAAACCCUUCUUGUAUUUUUUAUCCUUUUAAUAAGCCAGUGGGGCAAAUUCCACAUCUACUAUA